AUGUCCAUUUUUAAUCAAAAUUUUCGAAUUAUAUUUAAAUCAAAAUAUCAGAGAAGAUUAUUUUGUUCAAUUUCAACAUUAAAUAAAAUUAAUUUAAAUUUAUUUUCAACAACAUCCACAGAAAUUAAAUUAGAAGAAAGUUCAGCCAAUGUUUCCACACAAACUGUUGGAAAAGGUCUUAGGGUAGCGAUUAUUGGAUGUUCAAAUGUUGGAAAGUCUGCUUUAACGAAUGCUCUUAUUCGCUCCCCCAUUUGUGCUGUUAGUAAAUUGGUUGAUACAACUAGAGCGAAUACAACAGCAGCACUAACUGAAAAUCAAUGUCAAUUAAUUAUUGUUGAUAGUCCUGGUUUGGUCAGUUUAAGUCAUGCAAAGGAAGUAAUUGGCACCCAUUCAGACGAUCGAAUUUUAACACAUCCAGAAAAGGCAAUUGAAAGGGCUGAACAAAUAAUUGUUGUUCAUGAUGCAACAGCUAAGGGUCAAUAUUUACAACACAGAAUUCUUUACAUUCUUCAACGUUAUAUGCACAUUCCUGCUUGUUUAGUUAUUAACAAAAUUGAUUUAAUUGAAAGCCGUGCUGAUUUACUUAAAUUAACUGAAAUUUUAACUGAUGGAACUGUUGGGGGAGAAAAACUUGAGAAAAAACCUGUAAAUGUUUUAAAAUAUUUUUUGUGGAGAUUAAAUUGGGGUUCGAUUUGGGCUUUCAUAAAGGUCACUCACAGACACGAACAACCAAGUUUUUUGAGCAUUGUUGGUUCAAUAAUUUCAAAAGCCAAAAAAUCUAAAGGAUCUAACAAUAAUGAAUCUCUUAGUCUUCAUCCACUAACAACAAAAGAACGUGAUUUUAAUUGGUAUUCUCUCUACAAUAAAUUACUACAUAAACCUUUACACAAAGCUAGUUGGUCAGACACAAAAAAAUUAUUUAAAGAACAAAAUGGCUGGCCACAUUUUAAGGCUGUUUUCUUUACUAGUGCUCAAACAAAUGAAGGAAUAGAUAUAUUAAGAGAAUAUUUGAGAGAAAAUUCUGUUGAUAAACAAUGGAGUUUUUCCCCGCAAACUGUUAGCAAAAAGAAUUCUCGUUUACUUUGUGCUGAAUAUGUCCGUUCUGCUUUAUUAAAUAAUUGCCCUCCUCAUGUAGCUUAUAAACUUCGAGUAUCAAUUACUGAAUGGGAAUUUGAUGAAGACCUUCCUGUAAAUGAACAAAUGCUUAAAGUAGCUGCAAAUAUUUUCUGUGAAAAUGAACGUGAAGCUCGACAAGUUUGGUAUCGAAUGGAGGAAAUUGAGAAUGCAGUACUUCAACAAUUACAACAAGUAUUUUGUCAGAAUGUCAUUUUCCGCUUAUUUAUUAGAGUUAAAGACCGUUCAGGUAUUUAUCAACCUGAUGAAAAAGCGGAGGAAAAAAAGAAAAUAAUGAAAACUGAAGAGAAAAGAAAACAAAUGUAA